AAACCCAAAGACCCCAAACUCCCAUCGGCCCCCCCUAAUCUUCAGAAAAUGGCAACAGCGGCUUCACUGUCCACCCUCCACCACCUCUCAUCCUCACUCCUCUCCAAACCCUCUCUCACCGUCAGACCCCUCCGCAUCCUCCCUCGCAUCAUAACCUGUUCACUUUCCUCUUCCCCCUCUUCCUCGUCUUCCUUGCAAUUCAACAUCUCCUUCGCACCCCCGAAGCCCAAGCCCAAGCCCGAUUCACCGGAGCCCGACCUGUUUCCCGACCCCGACGCCCUCCCCAGCGGCCAGCUCUUCAUUCCGUGGAUCGUCCGAGGCGAGGAUGGCAACCUCAAGCUCCAGACGCACCCUCCCGCGCGUCUUCUCCACGCCAUGGCCAAUGCCGAGACCGAAACGAAGAACAAGAAGAAGAACAAAAACAAGACCAAGGAUAAGAGCCCUGACAACGCUUCCCUGGAGCCCAAGCAUUCCAAGGCCGCUCGAAGGUUCUUCAAUCAGAAUUUCAAAGAGCCCAGCCAGCGCCUCAGCAAGGUUCUCGCCUCUGCGGGAGUGGCGUCGAGACGGAAUAGCGAAGAGCUUAUAUUUGAAGGCAAGGUUACUGUGAAUGGUUCUGUGUGCAAUGCUCCUCAGACACGGGUUGAUCCUGCAAAGGAUAUUAUUUAUGUCAACGGGAACCGCCUUCCUAAGAGGCAGCCUCCGAAGGUGUAUCUUGCCCUGAACAAACCAAAAGGGUACAUUUGCUCAUCUGGGGAAAAAGAGUCCAAAUCCGUGUUCGCCCUAUUUGAUGAUUUUUUUAAGAAUUGGGGUAAAAGAAAUUCAGGACUGCCCAAACCACGAUUAUUCACUGUAGGUCGCCUUGAUGUUGCCACUACUGGGUUGAUUAUUGUGACUAAUGAUGGAGAUUUUGCUCAAAGACUUUCACAUCCUUCAUCUAACUUAACAAAGGAAUAUAUUGCAGCAAUAGAUGGUGUUGUUAAUAACCGGCACUUGAUAGCCAUCAGCGAGGGAACAGUGAUUGAGGGCAUCCGUUGCACUCCAGAUUCUGUGGAGUUGCUGCCACAACAACCAGAUAUACCAAGACCUCGUCUUCGUAUAGUGGUUCAUGAUGGGAGGAAACAUGAAGUUCGAGAGCUUGUGAAAAGUGCCGGACUUGAGAUUCAUUCUUUAAAGCGUGUAAGAAUUGCUGGUUUCAGACUUCCAUCAGAUCUUGGGUUAGGGAAGCACAUUGAACUAAAACAAAGCGACCUAAAGUUACUGGGUUGAAGAGUUAAGAAAUCUGCUGCUAAAUUGCUGGAGUUUUGCAUUUUCCUCUAUUCAAAACCUCAGCUUCAAAAUAUUUCCAGGAAAUUUGCCAAUACCUUGUCGUUGUUAUGGGUGGGAGUCGUGGGAGCCAUUGGGUUGUGAUUCCGACUCCUUGGGAGUGACAGAAUUUUGAUAUAUGAGUUGGACUGCAGCUUGUGUAUGCCACCAUUGGUAUCAAUGCAAGUGAUCUUUAUAGCAGAAUUCGGAGCUCGACUAUUACUGAGAAAGCGAGAAGUGGUGAGAUUAUUCAUGUAGAUGUACGUUUCAAGUGCUCUCUUUAUGUAGAUAUUGCAUAUGAUAAAGGAGAACCCGUAAAGGAAAUGGUUAUAGUGCUAAAAGUAUGUUGGCUUUUGAGGAAUUAUGUAGUAUUCUGGUUUUUAAUCAAGAUUUUAUUCGAGAUUACUUUAUGUAA